AUGACCGUGCGUCUUCGCUCUACCGUAAACGGCAACGACUCCUCCCCUACUCCCACUCCUCAUCCUAUCAAGAUGAAUGGACAGAACGGUGUUUCCAACGGCGAGGCUAGUCCACUCCUUCCUCCCACCCCGGCCGACAACCACCAGCUCCACAACAAAGCCAGGGUGUUCCACCGCGCCCAGCUCACCGACUACAAGACCUCUCAUGAGAAGGUUCCCUGGCAGACAGACAACGAGUGGAUUCUCAAGGGAUACCGCCCGCAGCUGUACAACAUCCGCGCCUGUCUGUGGAGUGCCAUUGGUUACGUCCACAACGAGACCGUCAACAUUCACUCUCACUCAAUCGGUGCCCUCUUCUUUGCCAUCCUCCUGCCGCUUCACGUCAUGGGUGCCUACUUCCCCACCCUUGGCGUGUUCCCCGGCAGCUCCGCCCAGCCUCCUACCACUGUCAUUGACAAGAUCUGCCUUGCCACCUACUGCGUCUCCGCCGUUACUUGCAUGGGCCUAAGCUCGUGGUUCCACACUGUUCAGUGCUGUUCACAGGAUGUUUGUGACCUUGCCCACUGUGGUGAUUAUGUCGGGAUCGUUGUUCUCAUCGUUGGCUCUAUCCUCCCUGGCAUGUACUAUGGCUUCCACGACAACCCCGUCCUCCGCUACGUCUACAUGGCCGGUAUCGCGACUGCAGGUGUGACUGCUGGCUACAUGGUCCUCUCCCCUCACCACCGCAAGCACCGUUGGCACCGUACCCUCACUUUCAUUGCCCUCGGCGUCAGUGCAGUCGUUCCUGUCGGCCAUGUCGUUCUCUCCAAGGGCCUCGAGUUUGCCCGCAACAGGAUGGGCUUUGACUACAUUCUCGGUGGCGGUGUGGCCUACAUCGUCGGCGCGGUCCUCUACGCCGACCGCUUCCCCGAGAAGUUCUUCCCUGGCAAGUUCGACUACUUUGGGUCGUCGCACCAGAUCUUCCACUGCUUCGUCCUCCUCGGAGCGUGGCUGCAGUUCUCGGCCCUCCGUUGGAUGGCCUACGGCCUUGCCACUGCCUAA